AUGCCCAAGUUCUUUUGUGACUACUGCGAUGUCUACCUCACGCACGACUCCAUGUCGGUGCGCAAAGCCCACAACAGCGGCCGAAACCACCUGCGCAACGUCGUAGACUAUUACCAGCGUUCGUCCCGACCUCGCCUCUCUCUCUCUCUUCUCUUCAUUCCGCCACUGACAUAUGCCAUCCAUUGUACAGAAAUCGGCCACGAAAAGGCCCAGUCCGUCAUUGACUCGAUUACCUCUUCGUACGCUGCCGAGGGCCAGGCCCACGCGAACCCGAUGCUUCUUCAGAACCAGCCCGGCCAGGGAUUUCCCGCCUUUGGCUUCCCCGGCGGCAUUCCUCCGCCAUUCCCCGGCAUGCCUGGAGCUCCUCCCGGCCAGUUCCCCCAAGGCCUCCCACCACCUCCCGGCGGUCGCGGCAUGCCCUCCAUGCCCCCCUUCCCCCCCGGUCCCAACGGAAUGCCUCCCAUCCCCCCCAACGGCCUCCCCUUCCCCCCACCCGGUGGCCUUCCCUUUCCGCCUCCAGGUGCACCCGGAGGCCCUGGUUUCCCUCCGCCAAAUUUCGCGGGUAUGCCCGGCAUGCCGGUUCCUCCGCCUGGACAGCAUUCGUUCCCUCCGCCUGGAUUUCCCGCUGGUGGACCCGCUGCUCCCGGACAGGACAGGCGGUGA